AUGGAGUCUCUCGACCAACUUACACAAUCCUUCGAUGCAAUAAUUACAAAAUAUGAUGAAAAGAGCAAUUCAUUCACAGAUUUAUCUUCGUUAAAGGAUUUCUUACAAUUGAUUUCUCACUCCAAUGAAAAACAUCUGUACGAGUCCGAUUUGCUUCAUCAUCGUCUAUUUGUUAUUCUUCGCGAUUGGUAUUUGAAACUUCUACGUCAGUGGCGACUGAACACACUAUCAAACAAUGAACAAGUGUCUUUUAUUUUCGAAACAAUACCCAAUCUGUUCAUUAAAAUGUCCAAUCACAUAUCCGAAAAGAAUCUGUCAACUCUAAGAGAACUAAUCUUUCAUCAGCCAUUAAUCAAUGAAUUAAAUAUUUGUUUAGAAGAAAUAGCAUCAAGCGGAAAAUAUCUCCAAGAUUCUCAAAUCAAAUCUCUUGAUAACAUCUUUCGAGCCAUUCAACGAUUAGAACGACACAGAUCCGAUACGAAGGUAGACGCUUGUCUCACAAAGUUAUUUGACAAUAUUGUGAAAUGUAUUUGUUCACCAUCAUUCAUCGACAUGUUUAUUCACUCUACUACACAAGAGAAUGACGGACCCGGACAAAAAUUUCUCUUACACACAUGUACGGAUUAUAUUUAUUCACAUCCAACUGAUCAACAACAUAAACAAAGUUUAAUUGAUAUUCGUCGAUCACUUUUACAACCAUUUUCACAAUGGUUAGUGCAGCAGUCUUCAUCGUAUCAACUAUGGAAUCUACGAAUGACAGUCAUCUUACGUCAACUAUGUUUCAUUCUUACUCUUAGUCUUCAACUGAAUCGAUCAAUAGACCUCGAUAAAGAUACAUUCGAUCAAUAUUGCCGAUUGAUCGAUUCAUUUCUAAAUAUUCUCCAAUCAAUUAUACAAACGGAAAACUUGAUCAAUAAUAAAAUAGCUUUAUCUUUGAUGGGAACACUGACACCAAAUCUUUAUACAAUGACGUUAUCAGGUCAACUGGAAAAGUACAUUAAAAACAAACAUAUGACAUCAUUAGUUUUAAAAUUAGCCGAUAUCGAGAACGAUGAAAUUCAGUUGAAUGCAUUUCGAAUUCUUUCGAUAAUCAUCACUGAACAAGAUGCAAACAAUACUUCAAAUGCCAUGAAUAUUGCAGAUCUAUUCAUGAAAUUUCUUAGUAAAGUAAUCGAUGAUCAGAAUCAAAUGUUAAAGUUUUACAAUUUACUUCGUUGUCUGAAACAUUUAAUUCAAUACGAUCCAAUCAAAGAUGAACUCGUCAAACAGAAUGGUAUUCCAUUACUUGUCCGUUGUGCUACGGAUAUUAAAUUCAAACCUCUCCAAGUGCAACAACCUGCUUUGGAGAUUCUUCUGUCAUUAACGUUCAACGAACAUGCAUAUCGUCAAUUGAAACAAAAUCUCCCUCAAAUCAAACCGUUAAUAUCAUCGCCGCAUCAAGUUGUUAGCCGAGUUGUGGAUGGUCUUCUAUGGAGAUUAGAAACUCAAGAGAAGCGACUUGUUAGUAAAGGCAAUACUUGGAAAUAUGAUGUGAUGAUUUCAUAUUCUCAUUCGGAUAAAGAAUUGACUUAUCGAAUUUAUGAUCUGUUGAUCAAAGAUGACGUGCGGGUUUGGAUGGAUCGUGAUGAGACGUUUGGCACAACGAUGAUUACGAAGGCGGAUGCUAUUGAUCAAUCAAACUAUAUUCUCAUUUGUGUUUCUGAUGAAUACAAAGAGAAUUUGUAUUGCCGAUGUGAAGCGACUUAUGCGGCUGAUCGUCACUGUCAAAUAAUUCCAUUGAUUUUAACAUUAAAUGCUCAUCCCGAUGGAUGGUUAUCGGAUGUUAUUCGUCGUAAAAGUUAUAUCGAUUUCGUCGUCUUAGAUUUUGAUUUAGCUUACAAAACAUUAAGAAGUGAACUGUGUUCGGUAGAAAUUCAUCUAUCGAAAAACGACAUACGAUCUGUUCGAGUGAAAACUGAAUAUCCAGAAACGAUUGAGCAAUGGACAAAUGAAAAUUUAUCUCACCGAUGA